AUAAAAUAAGGGAGAAAAAGCAGCGGGAGAAAAGAAGCGAUGGUGAACUUGUGACGCGUCUCCUGUUUAUCCGCUAAAAGUUGCGUUUGUUUACUAUCUUUGUUAUUCGGGCUGUUACGUUAAAUGGAGUUGAUUUAAAUCAGUCAUGGCUGAGGAAUCAGGAGAGGAAAUCCAGCUACUCAGAAGCCAGAAGCCAAAGCUUAUAGAAAUCCUAAGUGCGGAUCCUGACUUUGUACUCCAGCAUGCAGAUGCUCGCCGUCUGCUGUCUCGUCACGCCUACCAGCAUGUGAAAUCUUGCCGCAUUCCUAGUGAAAAAGUGACAGAGCUUUUGGAUCAUGUCAUACAGAGAGGUCCCGAAGCAGCAAAAGACCUACUGGAGCUUUUCAAGGAUAACGACUUGCAAGAAACCUUCCCAAAGCUUGACUUUAUUAACAAACUGAAAAUCAACACACAGUCCUCAAGGGGAAAAGAAACCUCAGAAAAAAGAAAACGAGCACCUGAGAUACCAGAUGUCAUUCCAAACAAAAAGAUCUGCAACAACGGCUCUGGCAUGGUGAGUGAGAAACAGCUGAUGUGUGUGGCCCGUACCAUCGGCAAAUCUUGGAGGGCGAUUGGCAUAGAAGUUCUGGGAAUCUCAUCUGUAAAGCUGGAGCAAAUCGAAGAGGACCAUAAUCUCCAUGUGGACCGAGUCUUUGCCAUGCUGCGUUACUGGCGUAACUCACAGAGGGAAAAAGCCACACCCACUCAACUGCAUUCACUUCUCAGUCAGGGAGAGUGGAUGUUGCCACCUGAAAGCAUUGACUUCCUGUUGAAGACUGACUGAUUACUUACCCUAGAGUAAUCAGUCCUUAUAAAGGAAAUGUUUUUACUGAGAAGUCGGAUCAUAAAUAUCAGGGCUUAAACAAGAUUUUAUUGUUUACUGCGCUGCAUUUAGCACUACUGUACUUAAUACUGUACAUUUUAAAUAAUGCAUUAACAAUUAUCCUAGAAAAGUCAUAAAAGUUUAGUCUCAUGAAAUGUCUUACAAGAUUUUUUAUUUCUUUUUUCUGUUGUGGUAUCUGUAAUAUGAUUUUUAUUCACCCUUAAUUUGAGAAGAUAAUGCAAAGCAAGCUAUGCUAACUUUAUUUGAACAGCAUUUUCUUUUUAUGUUGGGAUUAUUCAUCUUAGGGAUGGAGCUCAGCAGUCCACAUGAAGCAGCAGAGAAAAGAACAUUUUCAAAACUCAUCUCUUUCAUGGAAAACAACUGCAAAGGACAGAUGCGGGAAAACCUUAAUACCACUUGAAAUAACUUUUUGUAAUAGUUGUAUUAUUCUUUCAACUGCUAUAAAAUAAACAAUAUCUUAUUUUUA